AUUUGAAAAACGUGGUUCCAGCUUUGUUUUUAUGUAAUGUUUUCUGUGCGGCUUAUUUCGCCCCCUCCAGCCGUCCACAUGGGCCACAGAUCCAGAUAUUCACCCGUCUACAGAUGCAUCACAGCAGGUCCUCAGUCGUUUUGUUAACGCGCUGUAAGUACGGGAUGACCAUCUGACUCCUCUGGCACCUUAACAGGGUUUGGGCUUUGAUCUGGUCUCAGUCACCUGACACCACACACACACGGUGCUCGGCUCCACCUCGCUCGGCGGGUGUGUGUGCGUGUGUGUGUGUGAAGAAGAUCCAGCCCGUCAUUUCAAGGUUAUCUCCUGCAGCAGCCACACUUUUCGGAUCCUAUGGGAAUUUUGAUAACCGCAGUUUUCCUCUGGGCUGUCGUCGGAGUGGGAAGCCGGCCAGUUACCUCACCCCUUAAUGAUGCAAAGGUUGAAUGUAUUAUUCAGGAGACACUGAAUGAAGACGGGACCCAACAUGAGUGUGGCUCACAGCUAGCAGAGGAACUUGAUGAAGUGCAAAGACACCACGGUCUGCUCAGGGAGCUGCAGAAGCUGGCUGUUGAUGAGAGAGAAAGGGAGAGAGAAGACGAGAGGGAGCGAUAUGAGUACAACCUGGCGGACGAUGAGAGCGACUUCGAGCAAGGGGAUGAGGAGGAGAAGGAGGAAAGAGACGUGACCAACAAUCCAAAACAGACAGAGGACAAUAAAGAGGACAAGACAGAGGUAGAUGACACGAAGCAGAAGAUGAUGGAGGAGCCACGGAUCGAAGACCGAGGGAGGGACAAUGAGGAGGAGCGAGCCAAGGAGCUGGAGGAGCUGCUAGCUGAAGAGAUCACCAAGAAAGGGAAGGAGGAGAAGAAUGAUGAGGAGCUCAAAGAACUGCUGAAAGAGCUGAAGAAGAAACGCUACGAGGCGUCGAAGGAGCGGGAGAACCUGAAAGGCUCUGGAGCUGAGCAGAAGGAGGAAGUGGAGGAAAAGAAGGAAAAGGGGGACAAAGAGAGGGAGGCGGAAAAAGAGGAGGACAUGGAGAAGCAGAGGAUGGAGGAGAGGAGGAAGAACGAGGUGGAGCUGAUGGUGGAGAAGGAGAAGGUGGAGAAGGAGCUAAAAGAGCUGCUCAAAGAGCAGGACAGCAAGGGCAAGCCAGAGCAGGAGAGGGCGAGGAAGGAGAAGCAGGAGGAGCUGGAGGAGCUCGUCAGGAAGAUGAAACGGGUGCAGGAGGAGGAGGAGCAGGAGACGCUGGGUGUGAAGAAAGAGGAUGAUGAAAGGACGGCGGAGGACAAGGGUGAGAACAAGGAGGACGAAGAAGACAAGGAGAAAGACAAGACAGCAGAGAACGAAGUGAAGAAGGGGGAAGGGGAGGCUGUGGCGGAGGUGAAGGAGCCGCAGCAGAAGAGGGAGAUGGAGAAGGCGAGCGACGAGGCCACGCAACAGUUUGAGCGGGAGAGGUUCAAGGAUGAGGACGAGGAGGACGAGGAAGAUGAGGACGAGGAUGACUUUGUCAGAGAGGAUGAGGAGGGGCCAGAAGAGGAAGAUGAGGAGGAGGAGGAGGGUGAUGCUGAGGAAGAUGAAGGGGAGGAGCUGCUCGAAAUUGAAGCAGAGCUGCGCAAAGUCGCUGCAGAGCUGAGGGAGCUUCGCAGAGGAUAAGACACGAAUACACACUCACACACACGCACGCACGCACACACACACACACACACACACACACACACACACACACACACACACACACACACACACACACACACACACACACACACACACACACACACAAACACACACACAGAGCAGACGGACAAAACCCUUUGUUGCAUUCACAGUCACACAUUCCGCUCGCACAUUUUCCAUUUAACAGCCUUCAAAUCCCCACAGCACUCAGAGAAAUGUCUUCGGAUGUGAAUCUGUAAAUGGACAUUAGUAGAAACUGUUGUUUCAUUGCUGCUUUUUAGAUUGCCUGGAAAAGGCUGCCACAGUUUCCUCCAUGCUCAUUUGAAUGUUGGCGCGUCGAUGAAAAAAACGUGCGUUUUUCCAGAGAAUCGGAAAGAUCGUUGUGUCCAUUUCUCACUCGUGUUCCUUACUCAGUUCCUGUAAAUGCUGUUUGUAAAGUAGACAGGUGAUUUCACUUCAUUUGUAAAACUGCCAUGAAUGCAAAGCAUCCAGCACUUUCAUUCAAAUGUUACUUUGAAUGCUGAUUGCCAACCACACAAACACCAUCACCUUUGAAAUCUGAGUUAUGAAUACUGUCCAGCAGUGCUUCUUUUCUCUGACGGUAUCAUCCUUGAAGGUGUGUUUUUGGUGGGAAAAAAAACAAUUCCCUGCUAUAAGUAAUAUACACUAUGUACUUCAGUAUAUAUUUUGUGCAAUAACUGAUAACUAUGUGUAAGCUGUUCCUGCUGUUCUGACUGUUAACGAUAUGCAUUACUGAUAUUUCUAAACUCCUCGUUUCUUCGAUGAUAAAGUAGACCCAAGGAUUGUGUUUCAUUUGGCUCACGCACUGUUAAAACCAGACUGUUUGAGACGAACCAGGGUGACACAGAGGGAGCUGAAAUUCUGCCACGUAUGUCAGAUGUUGUGUUUGUCUCGAGGUGGUUGGUGUGGGCUGACAGUACGUGAUGUACUUGGAGCUUACAAGGUCUAAAAGUGUCACUUCAGGUUCUCAGCCAGCUUUGCACUCUUAUCUUAACAAGCCAAGGAGGAGUCGAGGGAAGAGGGAGACACUAAAGCCAUUUUGUUGUCUUUUGGUAACAAUGACGUUGAUAAAUGCUUAGUUGUGUAACGUCGCAGUUUUCAUGGCUGUCGUGUCAUCCGUGUAAAUAUCAGAUUAUCAUGGUCUGUAAGCCAAGGUCAUAAGAAAUAUGAAGCAACAUCGCCCCCAAGAGGACACUGGGUAGAAAUGCACACGGUGCAGGAUUAACAGGGUUACCACUGGAGGCCCAUUUACUGCAAUAACACAAAUAGAUUACAGCACACGCAAAUGCAAUAAUUAGCCAAAUAAUGAAUUAUUUAAUGUAUUUAAAUAUGUAUUCACAAUACAUUAUAUAGUACUCGUAUAGCAUAUAUAACAUCUCUUUUUUCUACACAGCCAAGAUUUACAAUACGUUUCUGUAUUCGAACACUGGCGAGGCAGUCGGUCAACUUGUGUAAACACGUGGUAGUAACACACAUGAUCAGUAAACACUGAUGAGCUCACUACUGUCUAUUCCAAAGAUGACAUGUUUGUUCACUUGAGUAUAAACAAAACAAAUAAUGUACUGUAGUUUCCUUUUUCUAUAGAAGUGCAAAAUGUUUCCACAAAAUGUAUCUUACAAACCAGCAGGAAAGACGUAGGAGAUGUCUGUGGGGGGGUGACACAAGGGCAUAAAGGACAUUUCGAACAACAGGAAGAAAAAAAAAAUUAGAACAAGAUCACCAUUUGUAAUAUUACUGGCCAAUCAGAGUGCUGUAUUUUGUGCCUGCUGUAUCUUCUUCUACGCUACCCGUCAAUCAAUAAACAGAAAGGUAUUAAACCAUCA